AUGAGCGAUCAGAAGUUGAAACCUGAAGCGAUUGCAGGUGGUUGUGAACCGGUUCACGCAGGAGAUAUCACGCAGAAGGAAGCUGAUCUUCAUAUUCUGCCUUCACAUGGUAUCUCGCUCGAUGUCCCUGGCGAUACGAACAGUGGCAGACCACCCAUCAUUCAACAUCUCUCCACCCCCGCAUAUCAAAGUCCCUUGAGACACCACCGCCGCACGCCGUCACAACAUCGAGAGGUGAAGGAGACACUCAAUGCAAGAUCGGAGUACACGAACAAUGAAGACGAUGGAAAGGCAGAGCAUCAUAUCAAUCAAUACAUAAUCAAGGAUGAAAUCGGACGAGGCUCGUUCGGAGCAGUGCAUCUGGCUGUUGACCAGUAUGGAACCGAAUAUGCCGUCAAAGAGUUCUCGAAAUCGAGACUGAGGAAACGAGCUCAGUCGAAUAUCCUCAGGAGACCUCAUGGCUAUCGAAGACCGGGACAUCUGGCUGCAGGCAUGGGCUUCAAUUCUCCUCUGCAUCGACAUUCUGCUUCCGAUAUCCACGAUAACGAAGAGGCCGGUAAUCCAUUAUACUUGAUCAAGGAGGAGAUUGCUAUCAUGAAGAAGCUCAAUCAUCCGAACCUCGUAUCCUUGAUCGAAGUCUUAGACGACCCAGAAGAAGAUUCUUUAUACAUGGUGCUGGAGAUGUGUAAGAAGGGAGUGGUGAUGAAAGUCGGUCUCAAUGAACAGUCAGAUCCUUAUAGCAUCGAACAGUGCCGGCAUUGGUUCAGAGACUUGAUAUUGGGAAUCGAGUAUCUUCACGCUCAAGGUGUUGUGCAUCGAGAUAUCAAACCAGAUAAUCUGCUGCUCACCGAAGAUGAUGUUCUGAAGAUCGUGGACUUUGGAGUCUCUGAAAUGUUCGAGAAAGCCUCGGACAUGAUGACUGCAAAAUCAGCUGGAUCUCCAGCAUUCUUACCACCAGAGCUAUGCGUUACCAAGCAUGGACACAUAUCUGGUAAAGCUGCUGAUAUCUGGUCCAUGGGUGUAUCUCUAUACUGCCUAAGAUUCGGUCACAUCCCAUUCGAACGUACUGGGGUCUUAGAGCUAUACGAAUGCAUCAAAUCAGAUGAACCGAAGAUUGAAGCGGAUGACGAACCAGAAUUCUGUGACCUAAUGAGAAAACUUCUAGAGAAAGACCCUGCUAAGAGGAUAAAGAUGUCAGAAGUCAGAAAACAUCCUUGGGUCACCAAGAAGGGAACGGACCCUCUGUUAUCCGAGGAGGAAAACAUAGCAGAUCUCGUAGAACCACCUAGCGAAGUCGAAGUCAAUCACGCCAUUACGGCGAAAAUGAGAAACCUGAUUGUUUUGGUCCGUGAAGCAAUUUCAACUUCAGAGUCUCUCAUCGAUCGGUUCAGCACUAACACUUCGAAGAUGAAAGCAGUACAGAAAUUCAAGAGCAAAUUAGACACAAAGAGACCAGCGGCCUUAUCGGGAGUAUUGGGCCAAGGUAUCCGCACUCUUACCACGGCGACUAUGGAUGGCCAUAGCGAUCAUGGACUCCACAGAUCCAAGAGCGCCGAUCUGGAAGACCGAAGACCUAUUGAGACGGCUCUCGCGGCAGAAGGCGUUCAUCACGACCUCGACCCACCAGAUGUGAAUCAAUUGCGACCAAUGCCCAACCGCCUCGAUUCAACCACCACCAUCAUACAAUCAGAACAUAGCUCUCCUACGUCCACUUUGAAAAAGCAGUCCACGGACGAUGUCUCCAGCUCCGAACCACCAGUCCCUGGUAUCCUCCGUCAAGAGUCUGGUGAGAGAGGUCACGCACAUGAUCCACUAGACGAACAACCCCUAUUUCUCGGAAUUGGAGCCGGAGGUGACGAUACGCUUUCUCCACCUUCACCUGACAUCGUAGCAGAAUCACCUACAGCGGCCGAAUUCAAUAUCUACGAUACUGCUUAUCAAAAGGAAGUAGAACGCAUCCGAUCCGCUCAAGGUCACCAAGCAACUGUCUAUCUUACUAGAAGAGUGGAUAAGAAGAAAGAGUACAAAGCAGAUCAAAACAUGAUCAAUGCUCCUAACGCAGAAGAAGUGAAAGAAAGCCUUCCACAUCAAGGAUUCAAGGGAUUACUUGAUAAAGCUAGAGAAAAGAGUGAGAACGGCCAUGAAGAGGCUCAAGAUGCCAUUAAAGAGAGAUUAAGCAUGAUGGGGAUGGGCAGUGGGAGUCGGUUCUCGGAUAUUGCGAACAGGGCGAUGGAGAAUACGAAGGUUCUCGGCAGGCAAUUGCACAAUAGGAGUGAAGAGACUCUGGAUGGGUUCUUUGGGAAGGGGGCGGAGAAAAAGUAG